AUGGCACCAACGAACAUAACAGGUGUUUCAGAAUUUCUUCUUAUGGGAUUCUCAGAGGAACCAGGACAGCAGCCCCUCAUAUUUGGGCUUUUCCUCUCCAUGUACCUGAUCACUAUGUUUGGAAACCUGCUCAUCAUCCUGGCUGUCAUCUCAGACUCCCACCUCCACACACCCAUGUACUUCUUCCUCUCCAACCUGUCCUUCGUAGACAUCUGUUUCAUCUCCACCACCAUCCCAAAGAUGCUGUGGAACAUCUACACACAAAGACAAGUUAUAAACUAUGUAGCCUGCAUCAUCCAGGUGUAUUUUCUAAUGCUGUUUGCAGGGUUGGAUGACCUCCUCCUGACUGUGAUGGCCUAUGACCGCUUUGUGGCCAUCUGCCACCCUCUGCACUACACAGUCAUUAUGAACCCCCAACUCUGUGGAAUUCUGGUUCUGGUUAGCUGGGUAAUCAGUGUUCUGCAUUCCUUGUUACAAACCUUAAUGGUAUGGAAACUAUCCUUCUGUAGAGAGGUGGAAAUCCCUCACUUUUACUGUGAAGUCAAUCAUAUGGUCCGACUUGCCUGUUCUGACACAUUUCUUAAUGAUGUAGUGAUAUAUAUUGCAGCUGUGCUGCUGGCUGGUGGUCCUCUCACUGGAAUAUUUUACUCUUACUCUAAAAUAGCUUCCUCCAUACAUAGAAUCUCAUCAGCUCAGGGAAAGUAUAGAGCUUUUUCCACCUGUGUGUCUCAUCUCUCUGUUGUCUCCUUGUUUUAUUGUACAAGCAUCGGUGUAUACCUUAGCUCUACUGCUACCCACAGCUCACACUCAAGUGCAACAGGGUCAUUGGUGUACACUGUGGUCACGCCCAUGCUUAACCCCUUCAUCUACAGUCUGAGGAACAGAGACAUAAAGAGGGUUCUGAUGGCAUUCUUCAGAAUGGCAGCUAUAAAAAGGCCACUUGUCCUCAACUCAGGAAGAUCACAUGAUUGA